AUGUCUAAGCUACCUACCGACACUAAAUCAUCUAUGAAUGGAAUCAAAGGUGGUUAUUGGCUUUCAAAGCAAGCUGAUCAGUACCAUCCCAUAGACAUCCCAUCCUCCUGCUUCACUCACGUCUUCUAUGCUUCUGUUGGGGUUGAUCCCGAAAAUUACAUAAUUAUAAAGCCAAUAUUCACUGAAGUCCUCCGGAACAAGGGAAUAAAGCCACUCCUAUCCAUUGGUGGCCGUCCUGAUUCUGAAAUCCCAAACCCUUUGCCUGACAUUUUCUCCAGCAUGGCAAGUACCCUCGCGGGUCGUCAAUCCUUUAUCCAGUCCUCCAUUCAGGUGGCUAGAGAAUAUGGCUUUGUUGGGCUGGACCUUGAUUGGGAAUAUCCAAACACUACACUAGACAUGGAAAACCUCGCGUUGCUCUUUCGAGAGUGGCGUGCAGCUAUCAUUUCUGAGUCUGCUAAUAAAAAUGGACUAUUUCUAAGUGCAGCGGUUUUUUUUAAACCCAGCUUUGUCAAAGACCAUAUUGAAAUAGUUUACCGUAUCGAAGCCAUAAGAGAUUGUGUUGAUUUUGUUGGUCUGAGGUGCUAUGAUUAUCACUCAAGCCGGGACACUGCAGUCACUGCUGCACAUGCUUGUCUCUAUGAAACAAGUGAAAACAGCUCUAGCUUAUUUGGCAUUAAGUCCUGGAUCAAAGCUGGGCUUCACCCAAGUAAAUUAGUCAAGGGGCUACCACUUUAUGGAAGAACUUGGACAUUGCAAGAUCCAAAUCAACAUGGUGUUGGAGAUCCUGCAAAUGAGGAUGUUAUGGCGCCCUAUCAUGACAUAGUGAACUGCAACUUACAACCAGUUUAUGAUGAGGUCACUGUAUCGGAGUACUCAUAUUCUGGAACCUUUUGGGUUGGGUACGAUGGACUGACAUCGAUUCGGAAGAAGAUUGAGUUUGCCAACGCUAAAACACUUGGUGGGUAUUUCUUAUGGGCGCUUAUGUUUGACUGUGACAAGAAGCUUUUGAAGCGGGAAUGUUUGGUUAGGGAAAUGCUAGAAAUACAAUUUUUGCCACUACUUUUAUGGUUUUAUCAUAAUUCGCUCACUUGGUAA